AUGCACGACAGUGGCACUGGAGGGUGGGCUUCUCUUGGAAACUUUCCUCUUUUCCCUCAAAGCGGAUGCCCCGAUGGAGAUCCGCUUCAAUGCCACUUCACAAAGAACGACCGCGGGACGAACCCUAAGCCAAAGAGCGUCGUUGCCAAGCCAGGCUACUUCACGUUGUCAUUGGAUACAGCUAUCACGGCUGACAUGACAGUGUCCAAUCAUACCACUUUGUUCCGAUUUACUUUUCCAGAGGUCUUAGGCGGAGAAAAAAUCCCCUCUCAACCCCUGAUCUUGCUGGAUCUGAUAGACCUGCGUAACUCGCGGAGCAGGGCAAACGCGUCCGUUGAUGCAUCUUCUGGUCGCAUUAAGGCUUCUGGCGGGUUCGGCUCUUCAUUCAGUGACGAAAACAACGGAAACUACGUGCUAUACACAUGUGCGGACUUUGCAGGGGCAAAGGUCAAAGAUGCUGGUGUCUUCGUGAACGGCAAGGCCACGUUCUCCAAAAGCAUCAACGUUGGUAGCUUUCGUGAGGAUCAGACGGCCGGUGCGUUUGUGCAAUUCAAGACACCGGAUCAUAAGAAUCAAAUUUUCGCGAGAGUUGGUAUGUCCUUUAUCAGUGAAGACCAGGCGUGCAACAACGCUGAGAAUGAGAUUCCCACCUUCGACUUUAACAAGACACAGUCCUUAGCCGAAGAUGCCUGGCGCAAGAAGAUGGAAGUUGUCAACAUCGACCCUAUCGGUGUCGACAAGUCGCUGCAGACCAUAUUUUGGUCGGGCAUAUACCGAGCUAUGAUCUCGCCUCAGGACUACACAGGCGAAAAUCCCUUGUGGAAGAGCGACGAGCCUUACUACGACUCUUAUUACUGCAUAUGGGACUCAUUCCGUAGCACCCAUCCGCUCAUCACUCUUCUCGACCCUCUAAGCCAAACUCGAAUGGUUCGAAGUCUGAUCGACAUCUACCGCCAUGAAGGAAAGCUUCCCGAUUGUAGGAUGAGUCUAUGUAAAGGCUAUACACAAGGCGGCAGUAAUGCAGAUGUCGUUCUGGCCGACGCGUACAUCAAAGGUCUCAAUGACAACGUUGACUGGACGACUGGCUACAAGGCUGUGGUUUCGGAUGCCGAAGAUGAGUCCGCAAAUUGCGCAGUCGAGGGCCGUGGUGGUUUGCGCAGCUGGAAGGAACUCGGCUAUAUUCCCACUGAUGACCUUGAUCCCCAUUGUCCUCGGUUACAUCUCUCCAUUAGUCGCACAGUUGAGUAUGCAUAUGACGAUUUCUGUAUUGCACAGAUAGCCAAAGAUAUGCAGAAGCCCGAUGAUGCCAGGAAGUACCUUAAACGCUCCCAAAAUUGGAAAAAUCUGUUCAAUGAGGAUAUUAAAGACCGCGGAUUCAAGGGCUUUCUGCAGCCGAGGUACUUAAACGGCACAUUCGGUUUCCAGACUCCUAGCCUGUGCUCGCAUCCAUGGGAAGAUUCAUAUUGCUAUCUGUUCGACAACAUUGCUACAUACGAGGGAAGUGCCUGGCUAUACACCUUCUACGUCCCUCACGAAAUGGACUCUCUUAUCACAAAGCUCGGUGGCCCGGAUGAAUUCGUGCGACGGCUGCAGUUCCUCCAUGACAACGACUUGCUGUAUUAUGGUGAUGAGCAAGCAUUUCUGUCGGUCUACCUCUUCCAUUACGCCGGACGACCAGGCCUCUCCUCACAGUAUCAGCACCGCUAUAUCACAACCCAAUAUAACGACACAGUUGGCGGCCUACCAGGUAAUGAUGACUCCGGCGCGAUGGGCUCGUACGGCACGCUGGCCAUGAUGGGCUUGUGGCCGAUGGGCGGGCAGGACGUUUACCUCAUCAACCCGCCAUUUUUCCGCGAGGUCAAUGUGACCAACGCGUUAACAGGCAAGACUGCGACCGUACGCAACAUCAACUUCGACGCCGGCUACAUGAACAUCUAUAUCCAGAACGCCACCCUUAAUGGCAAGCUAUACACCAAGAGCUGGAUUACUCACGACUUCUAUCGAAACGGCGGCGUGCUAGAGCUGACAUUGGGCCCGAACGAGAGUGGUUGGGGGAGCCAGGUGGAGAACCUGCCACCGAGCCUUUCCAACAACGAUGAUGCCGACUAG